CGUUUGAUUCCAACCCCCAAACAGUUCAAACAGUCGCAGGAUCUCCUGGAUGGUGGUCGCUUAGUCAUUUUUUUCGGAUUGGCCACCUUUUUUCUUUAUUCUCUAAAGUCAAAAAUUAAAUCAAGAUUUGGUAGAUUUAUUUAUAUACUCGCCCCCCUCGAGUCAAUAAGAGAAAGACAAAAAAAAACUAGUUUCUUCUGACUUCUCUGUCUGAUUCCAUUAAUUAUUUUUCGAAUUUCUCGGGAGAGAUUACGUCAAAAGGGUCGCUCGCAUUUUGUCCAGACUGGAAGCAAUAAGAAGAAGACGGACAGCGGCACCAGUGCUCCAUCUUCUUCUUCUUCUUCGUCUUUCGACCUCAAGAGGAACAAGAAGCCGAUGGGUCUGCCUUCAGGCCGGCCGACUCGACAACAAGUGAAAACCCAUUGCAUUUUCUUCCACGAGUGUUGUUGUUCCCGUUUUGUAUUUUGUUUGUACAAUCCCAUCGUCCGAUCCAAUUGUACUCACACCAAAAAGGAUGGAAUCGCGUUCGGGAUACGAAUUGGCGUUCACCUCCGCCGCUCCGACACCGUCUCGAUUGGGCAGAUACAAAACGGCGGCCAUCAGCUCGGAUGGAGCCCAGUGCUCUAAUGCCGGACGGGACGUUUUAGAGGAGGGUGGCAAUGCCGUAGAUGCCGCCAUCGCCGCCCUCUUUUGCAACGCUGUCGUUAAUCCGCAAAGCGCCGGAAUUGGCGGCGGAUUCCACAUGACAGUCUACGACCCGGUCACUCGGACGGCCCAUUGUCUGGACGCCAGGGAAGUGGCGCCCUUGGCCGCCACGGAAGACAUGUUCCAGUCCGAUCCGUCAUUAGCCAAAAAAGGUGGUUUGGCUGUUGCGGUGCCGGGAGAGCUGGCCGGAUACUGGGCCGCCCAUCAGCGAUACGGGCGAUUGCCCUGGUCUCGUUUGGUCCAGCCGGCCGUCAAAUUGGCCGAGAACGGGGCGCCCGUCAAUCGUCACCUCGCCGAAGUUCUGCGCCGCGAGGCUCAAUCGAUCCAGGACGAACCUUCGAUGCGGUUCUUUGUGGACGCAACGAGCGGCCAAGUUUUGAAAUUCGGGGACACGUUCAAAUUUCCCGCCCUGGCUGAAACGCUGAAACAAGUCGGACGGGACGGAGUGGAGGCCUUUUACAAUGGAACCCUGGGCGACAUGUUGAUAGACGACGUCCGGCUCCGCGGUGGAAUCCUGACCAAGGAAGAUCUUCGCCAAUACCGUGUCCAGUGGGUGGAGCCCGUCCAGGUGAAGUUGAAGAACAACUUGACACUUUACUCGCCUCCUCCGCCCGGAUCGGGCGUCUUGACAGCUUACAUUAUGCGCCUGUUGGACCCUGGACACCUUGAUAAUAAUAGUUCGUCGCCGGACGACGGAAUAAUGUCAUCCGACCAUCCAGUGACGCAUCACCGGAUCGCCGAGGCCUUCAAACACGCCUUCGCUCAGCGCACCAAGCUGGGAGAUCCAAGAUUCCAUCCGGAGGUCAACCAGUUGACGGAAUUGUUGAUUUCCGACGCGUUCGUCGAUGAAACUCGUUCGAAAAUCCAAGAUUCCGUCACUUUCGACGAUCCGGAAUACUACGGGGCCGUGUCCCACACUCCGGAGGAUAACGGGACGUCUCACGUGUCCGUUGUCGAUGGAAACGGAAUGGCCGUCGCCGUCACCUCGACCAUCAAUUUGCAUUUGGGCGCCGGAUUCGCUUCUCCGCAGACGGGCAUCAUCCUGAACAACGAAAUGGCCGAUUUCUCGCCGUCCAGCACGUUCAAUUUCUACGGGCUGCCGCCCAGCCCGACCAACAUGAUCCAGCCGGGCAAACGUCCGCUCUCUUCGAUGACGCCGGCCAUCGUUGUCGACUCGUCGAGCGGUCAAAUCCGCCUGGUCAUCGGAGCGGCCGGCGGCGUUCGAAUCACCACAUCCACCGUUUACGCCAUGAUUCGUAACUUGUGGUUGGGCGAGGACAUCAAGGAGGCCAUCGACAGCCCGAGGUUUCACCAUCAGCUCAUCCCCAUGACGCUCAAUUAUGAGAAGGGUUUCCCCAAGGAAAUGGUGGAGGAAUUGUCUAGGCGAGGGCACCGAACGAGCGAAGAAGACACCAGGGGCGGGGCGGUUUACGGCAUUUCCGUUGCUGGUGAAAAAGAAGAAGAUGACGACGAUGGCGGUUGCCACCUCUACGCCAACGCCGACUACCGUAAAGGUGGCGACGUAGCCGGUUUCUGAUGAUGUGCCAGCA